CGGGUCCUCAGUCGGCGGUAGCGGGAGGAACCAGCUCCUGUCCGACCACCAGGCCGACGGGACGGCGCGAGGCAGGCAGGCGUGCGAGUUCCGCGGUACGGCGGCAUCCAGGAGAGACGACGGCGGCGAGCGCGAGCAUUUAGACGAGGUUGGAAAAUUGCCAUCCCAAGACAAGAAGAUGACCUCUCCCAUUCCCAUGGCGGCGGCGGCGGCGACGGCGGAAGAGACGCCGCAGUCUUCGUCCACCAUCAAGGACGGCACCGUCAGCGGCACACUCCCGGAGGCCGAGGCCUUUGCCGUGCACUACCCUGGGUACCCCUCCUCUCCCGCUCGCGCCGCCCAUACCCUUGGCGGCCUCCCCGCCAUCACCAAGGUCCGGAACUACAAACCGCCGCCCGCCCACACCCCCGCCUCGGCCUCCACCCCUGCGCCCCCCCGCAUCGAGCUCCGAUUCCGCCCAGAGGACCCCUAUUGCCACCCGGCCUGCGCCGAGCACCGGCCCUCCACUGGCCUUCUCCUUCGCCUCUCCAGGCCCAAAGGAGGUUGUGCGCCGCCGCGUGCUGAGGUGGUGGCGCGUGUCCAUGGCGGCUACCAUUUUGAAGGUAUGUCAGAUUUUCAGCAUGUCGUUCCAGUGCAUGCUGCUGAAGUGAGAAAAAGAAAACGGUUAGAUCGUCCAAACGCUAAAGAUGGUUUAGGCAGUGAUAAGGCAGGAGAUCUAGAAACAGAGGAUGGAGAUGUCAUGAUGCUGGUACCACCACUCUUCUCAAUAAAGGAUACUCCGACAAACAUAGCGCUUCUACCAUCGUCCAAUGCACUAUCCAAGAGCAUGCAAAGGGGAGUUGUACGGCAUCGGUGGGAGAUGGAUAUUGAACCAACCAUUGCGCUUCCUUUCAACAUUCAAGCUGUUCCUAAGAAGAUCAAUUGGGAAGACCACAUACCGAAGAAUUCAUCAGACUGGGAUUGGCAGAUGGCUGUGUGCAAAUUGUUUGACGAGCGUCCUGUGUGGCCAAGACAGUCACUUUAUGAACGUUUGCUUGAUGAUGGUGUGCAGGUGUCAACAGGCCAGUUCAAAAGCCUUCUGUUUAAAGCUGGAUACUACUUCUCUACCGGACCCUUUGGUAAAUUCUGGAUCAGAAAAGAAUAUGAUCCUCGUAAAGAUCCUGAGUCACGAAUAUAUCAGAGAAUUGAUUUCCGCAUGCCUCAUGAGCUAAGGAAUCUUCAAAAGAAAAAUAACUAUGGAUCUGAAAAGUGGUCAGACAUGUGCAAGCUUGAAAGGAUGCCAUCGAAGAGUUUCAUUUCCCUGCAAUUAUUUGAACUGAAGGACGACUUCAUUCAAGCAGAAAUUAGAAAACCUUCUCAUCAAUCGACUUGCUCACAAUAUACAGGUUGGUUUUCUCAGCCAAUGAUUGAAAUGUUGAGGUUACAACUAAGCAUAAGGUUCCUCUCAUUAUGUCCUAAUGAAGAUGCAAAAAACAUUUUGAGGACUAACCAUGAACGUAUUGAAAGGACGAAAAAGCAGGAAGUCUUUUGCAGAUCUGGGAAAUUGAAGGAAAGAAAAGAUGUUGAUGAAGAAGCACCUGGCAUACAUGCUGGAUCUGAGGAUCAAGUGGACACUAACAACUCUGAUAGUGAAGAUGAUGAUGACGAUGAAGAAGAGGAUAAAGAGGAAUCAGAUGGUUAUGAUUCUCCAUCCAUGGCCGAGGAUGUUCCUGAUUUCACCUUACAUGGUUCGUACACACUUGGAGAAGGCUUGUCCACUGGAUAUCUUGAGGAGGUUUUGCGCAGCUUCCCACUAAAUGAACAUGGCCAGGAUAAAUUAGGCGACGCCCUUAAUAAUGCCGAAGCAAGUGAUGGUGAGUUCGAAAUUUUCGAACAGCCCAGUGAUGAUGAAGAUUCUGAUGGGUAGGACUUUUUGGGGAGAGUGCCAAGGCAACAUUGAAUUGAAUUUUACAAGCUGAUGACGCGACAAACUAGCCAUUACUUUGCUUAUUAGAUAUUCUUACUGCACAGGCUCUAGGGCUUAUUUAGAUUUCAUCUCAGGUUGUUUAGAUAUCAACUGAUUUGGAUGAAGCUAGACAUUUAGCCAAGCUUCGUUGAUAUGAUAUUGGAUGUAAUGACAAACACUUUUACUGUAGUUGUCCUGCCAGCUUUUUCUUUUGCUUUAUAUUUAAGAUGAUAACUUGUUCCA